AUGUUCCCCAGAGGGGCAGAGGCCCAGGACUGGCAUUUGGAUAUGCAGCUGACGGGCAAGGUGGUGCUGUCGGCCGCUGCCCUGCUUCUGGUGACUGUGGCCUACAGGCUGUACAAGUCGAGGCCUACCCCAGCCCAGCGGUGGGGUGGGAAUGCCCAGGCAGAAGCCAAGGAGGAGGCAGAGGGCUCAGGGCAGCCUGCUGUACAGGAGGCUUCUCCUGGGUUGCUGCAGAGGGGGCCAAGACGCCGGAGGAGCAGCAAGGGGGCCGAAGCACCACAGGGCUGCAGCUGGGAGAAUCCAAGAGGCCCCUAUGUCCUGGUCACGGGAGCCACUUCCACAGACGGGAAGCCCCAGAGAAAAGGCUCAGGUGAGGAGCGGGGCGGGCAGGGCUCGGACUCUGAGCAGGUGCCUCCUUGCGGCCGCGGCCAGGAAACCAGAACAGCUGUUAGCAGUAACCCUGACCCUCCCCAUCUCCCCCGCUUGGGCAGCGGACCGAACAGCUCCCCAGCUGGACUCACUGCAGCAGCCGACGGCAGCUGUGCCGGUGGUGAGCCUGCUCCAUGGCAGGACAGCAAACCCCCUGAGCAUCCAGGGCUGGGGCAACUAGAACCUCCCCACUGUCACCACGUGGCUCCCUUGCAAGGCAGCAGUGACAUGAACCAGAGCUGGGUCUUCACCCGUGUGAUGGGGGUCAGCAGAGAAGAGGCUGGGGCUCUCGAGGCUGCCUCCGAUGUUGGGCUGACCCUGCAUCAGCAGGAGGGAGGCCCCAAUGCCUCCUAUACCUUCUUGUCCAUAGCCCGCGUCCGAAUGGAGGAGAAUUUCAUACAGAAGGUGGAGGGGGUUGAGCCCAGGCUCAAGCGCAAGGUGUACGACUACUACGUGGAAUCUGCCUCUCAGGCCAUCUUCCAGGGCAGGCUGGCUCCCAGGACAGCAGCCCUGACUGAGGUUCCAUCCCCUAGGCCACCGCCAGAGUCCCUGGGGACAGGGGCAGCUUCGGGAGGCCAAGCCGGUGACACAAAGGGUGCAGCCGAAAGAGCUGCCUCCCCGCAGCCAGGGCCGUCGCCCUCCACCCGAGGCUUCAGCCGGAAGGAGAGCCUCCUGCAGAUAGCGGAGAACCCAGAGCUGCAGCUGCAGCCAGAUGGCUUCCGCCUCCCCGCUCCACCCUGCCCAGACCCGGGCGCCCUACCUGGCUCAGGCAGAAGCAGCCGGGAGCCCCAUGUGCAGCUGGUGGCCGGUACCAAUUUCUUCCAUGUCCCGCUCACCCCUGCUUCAGCCCCACAGGUCCGCCUGGAUCUGGGCAAUUGCUAUGAGGUGCUGACCUUGGCCAAGAGGCAGAACCUGGAGGCCCUGAAGGAGGCGGCCUACAAGGUGAUGAGCGAAAACUACCUCCAGGUGCUGCGCAGCCCGGACAUCUACGGGUGCCUGAGCGGGGCAGAGCGCGAGCUGAUCCUGCAGCGCCGGCUCCAGGGCCGCCAGUACCUGGUGGUGGCUGACGUGUGCCCCAAGGAAGACUCUGGAGGCCUCUGCUGCUAUGACGAUGAGCAGGAUGUCUGGCACCCGCUGGCUCGCCUGCCCCCGGAGGCCGUGUCCCGGGGCUGUGCCAUCUGCAGUCUCUUCAAUUAUCUCUUCGUGGUGUCCGGCUGCCAGGGGCCCGGGCACCAGCCCUCCAGCCGCGUCUUCUGCUACAACCCGCUCACGGGGAUCUGGAGCGAGGUGUGCCCGCUGAACCAGGCCCGGCCUCACUGCCGGCUGGUGGCCCUGGACGGGCACCUGUACGCCAUCGGCGGAGAGUGUCUGAACUCGGUGGAGCGUUACGACCCCCGCCUGGACCGCUGGGACUUUGCCCCGCCGCUCCCCAAUGACACGUUCGCCCUGGCGCACACGGCCACGGCGUGUGCCAAGGAGAUCUUCGUCACCGGCGGCUCGCUGCGCUUCCUGCUGUUCCGCUUCUCUGCGCAGGAGCAGCGCUGGUGGGCCGGCCCCACCGGGGGCAGCAAGGACCGCACGGCCGAGAUGGUGGCGGUCAACGGCUUUCUCUACCGCUUUGACCUCAACCGCAGCCUGGGUAUCGCAGUGUACCGCUGCAGCGCCAGCACCCGGCUCUGGUACGAGUGCGCCACGUACCGGAUGCCUUACCCGGAUGCCUUCCAGUGCGCCGUGGUGGACAACCUCAUCUACUGCGUGGGACGCCGGAGCACCCUCUGCUUCCUAGCAGACUCUGUCUCACCCAGGUUUGUGCCCAAGGAGCUGCGGAGUUUCCCGGCCCCGCAGGGCACCCUCCUGCCCACCGUCCUGACCUUACCUACCCCCGUUUUGCCUCAGACCAGGGUCUAG